CUUUUCCCAAAAAUGUGUCAUGCUUGACGUUUUGCGUUUGCUGACAUUUUCCAUAGGAUUCUUCUGUCUACUGUGGGCGUUCAAUCUUUUUCUCAUUGUUCACGUUUGGGACGAGAUUUACAUAAUCACCAGAGUUUUUGACUAUAUAGGAAGAAAUCGAGUCGAGGUCGUGCUUGAAUAAUUGAUGCUCCGUGCUAUAAUACAAAAAUAUGAUGAGAACAGGGAGUCCUAUGCGGCUUGGCCAUGCAGAAAGUCCAGUUGUUGAGAAGACCUUGGAUAGAAGAUUUUCCACUAAGAAUGCAAGACUAGCUCUGUCUUGGGGUAUUGUCAAUUUCUUGGUUGCAGCAAUUUGCUAUAUUGAGUUAACGUUUGGUUCGAUUGCCAGAUUUUUCGAGAUAGAUCAUCCAGCUAUUUGGUAUAUAGAAUUGUUCUUGGCAACUUUGUUUACUUUAAAUGCUGUAGUGGACUUUGCUAGAUAUCUUGGACCUACCACAGGACUCACUCAACAACCAAUAGCACUAUCCCCUCAACAGAGAAGAUUACUUGGUGUUGGUCCCAAUGCUGUGGGAUUCAGGACAAGUCCAUCAUCAUCACAUCCAUGUACACCACCAUCAACUAGUAAAGUAACAUCAUUACCAAGUUCUAUGACAGUGACUACAACCAGUCCCAUGGCAUCUCCAGCUUACUCAUCAUUGUACAGUACGCCUAGUGUAUCUUUUCUCAACCCAUCAGGCUAUUCUGGUUCUUAUCCAAGUACACCGUACCUCACACAUUCAGCAUCUUAUUCCACUACACCACAACAUUCCUCAUUCACUUCAGUAUCAAGGCCCACAAGUGGCAGCCCUCGUACAUCUUCCACUGGUAUCAAUUUUUCACCUUUAUUUCGAGACAGUCCAAGUACUUCAUCACUAAGACCAAGACACCAGUCUUCUCCUGGUGUCAGCUCACCUGACGAGAGAAUCACAGACAUGACGUCUCUCAACUCCUACCUAAAGAACUAUGAUGAGAAAGAACAGUGGAACCACUUAGCAAGUGGCGAUACCUCUCCAGGUAGCAGCCCAUCAUAUUGGAGUUAUAACAGAUCAGCUUCUGACUACACUCCAGUCUUGAGAAAGUACCAGUAUCAAAUUGCAAGCCGCUCACCUAAGUCACAGUCUUCCAGGAAUGACGAUGAUCCUGAUUACCCAGCUACCUUUGCAGCAAAUGAAUCCUGGGCAAAGUUGGGAGUUGUUAGGGAUGCGGUAGAAGAAUGGAUUGAAAAUCUACGAAAGUGGAUUGCUCAGACAGUGCUGAAAAACCUGAUGAAAGAAAUUGAAGAAAUCAAUACUAAGCUACGACAAAUGGGUUCUGCUGAAUUACAGAUUGGCGAAGUCGGCAUCACAUCAUUACGUCAGAUAUCGCAAAGCAAGUGUCACUUAAUACCAUCGUUGCCAAAAGUGUUAUCAUACUUAGAUGUCAGUGCAAAUCAAGAAUACUUAAUACAGAGACUUGCAGAAUUAUCUCAGGGAGGUUGUAUGAGUGAUUUUCGAUGGAAUGGAGGUGGUGAUUACCGUGGUAGAAAAUGGGAUCAUGAUCUACCAACAGAUUGUGUGAUUCUACAGCAUCUACUAUGUACUUAUCUGGAUUCACAGUUACCUCCACAUCCAAAGUACCCAGAUGGUAAAACCUUUACUAACCAGUAUUUUAUGAAGACUCCAGAUAAACCAGAUUUAAAGAAAAAAGACAACAUUUUGAUUUUUCAGUCCAAAAUCAACCCACCCCAUUACAAAGUCAUUAUAGGUGAUGAUACUUGGGAUGUACCUAAGGGUCGUAGCAACAUGUUUCAAGCUAUUCUACUUUUCUUCCAUCAUAUUAAAACAAAAGAACAUGGAAUGUUAGGGCGAGUAAAUCUGUCCUCAUCUGGGGUUAAUAUAUUAUGGAUACUUGAUAGUUAACUGUUACUUCAUGAAAUAUGCUCUGAAAUAUACUUUCCGCGUAAUAUUUGAAAGAAAAGCAGUAUCCUAGCUACAUGUAUGAGGAGGCGGCGGUUGUCAUCACAAAGUUACAUGCAUGUGAUUUGUCACUUCAUAUUUCCCCCCUAAUUUCAGCUCCGAAGUUGAUAAUGGAAUUUGAUAAUACAUGUACCGGUAAUACAAAUAAGUUUCUGUGAAAGAGAGGUUACAUGAAUUUUUUCUCUCUGACCAGUGUUCACUCUGAUCAGUCAUUGACUGCAAAGAUUCAUAUUUAGUCAACGCAGCUUUGUAACCAAUAUUCUUUAUUAUCAAUAAAACACAAAAUAAAAA